CAUAACAUAGGUUUAGGUUAUGGUACUUCAGAUUAAAAUUUAAAAUUUUAUUUUUUUAUUUACAUUACUUUUUAUAAAAUAACGUUUAAUAAACGAAUUAUUCCCUAAUAAGUGUUCAAUUAUUUGUGGGCCUUAGGCUUAACAAUCUUUAAAAUAUAACAAACCGUACAUGGGGUACAUUUUAAGCAUUUCAUCCUACACUGGCCUGUUUUGUUUUGUAAGCUUGGUUGUUUUGUAAUUACACUAUGAUUUCUUAUAGUAUAUUGAAGAGGGUUAAUCAAGUUACUAAAACCUGUGUAAGGUAUAAGAAUCCACCACACCACUGGUCUGUACUUCGGAAGAAAGUUCAUCCCAAAGAUAAGGCUUUGGAUCAUUUCGAUGACUUUUAUAAGCAAGUUUUUAAGAAAAAGUGGCCGUCUAUCAGAGAAGGACUAUUAGCUAAACAAAAAUAUGUAGCUAUUAUAAACAACUAUGGAGACAAAGAGGAAACCAUAGCCAAAUUUGAGAAUAACGGAGCCAUUAAUGUUAGGUCGCUUUUUAACUUGGAAAAAGGAUACAUUAAAGAAGAAAUGGCUAAAAACAAAAGAAAUCGAACAUUGGAGGAAAUUUGGAGAAAGGAUCGCGAAAUGGAACAGAAACAUUCAGAAUCGAAUUCUACAAAUACUGAGGUUCAAGAUGAAGACACAACAGCGAAGUACUCGCUAGAGACGAGCAUGCAAAAUGCAGAAUUGGACUAUAAAAGAAUGGUCGAUUCUAAGAAUGCCCUCUCGACAGAAAUACUCAAUGAAUUUAUACCAGCCACUAAGUUAAAGGGCAACGAAGAUUAUAUACCAGAAUCAACACAUUAUAAAAUGUUCGAUCCUGCUACGUCUACUUUUAAGAUAGAAAAAGAGUAUGACAUGCAUUUUCCGGAAAAUUUGAACGUGUAUUGCUAUGAAGAGAAUAAUUUUAGUUCAUUUGAGCCUUCUGGACGUGCGUCUACAGGGGUGUUAAAUUACUAUAUAAUGGACGGCGGGUCUAUUUUACCAAUUCUCGCUUUAGACCUAACUCCUGGGUGUACUGUUCUUGACUUAUGCGCCGCUCCAGGAGGCAAAAGCCUUCUGGCCAUUCAAACAUUGUAUCCAGACCGUGUGUUAUCGAAUGAUAUAUCAUAUUCCAGAGUAAAUAGAAUUAAACACGUAUAUGAGCAGUUCUUGUAUGACUUGAAUGAAAGAUGGUUCAAGACCGAGAGAGUAAAAUUGAGUCAUGCAGAUGGAAGGAAUCUGUUUACCAAUGGUUUUGACAGAGUUUUGGUGGAUGUGCCCUGUACCACAGAUCGUCACUCUCUCAAAGAAAAUGAUAAUAAUAUAUUUAAACCUUCAAGGGUAAAAGAAAGACUAAAGUUGCCUGAGCUACAAUCAGAGCUGUUAUUUAAUGCUUUAAAAUUGGUGAAAAAAGGAGGGAUCGUAGUUUACUCUACAUGUUCUUUAAGUCCGAUACAAAAUGAUGGAGUGGUCAAUAUGGCAUUAAAAAAAAUUUGGGAGGAGACUAAACUUGAAUUCGUUGUUAAGGAUUUAACUCCAGCGUUACUUCAAGUACGGAGAGUGUUUGAAUUAGCUUCCCCAAGGCUGUUAAGAUACGGGCACCUGGUUUUACCCAAAAAGGCACAGAACUACGGACCCACUUAUUUUUGUAAACUAGAACGAGUUACGUAGCAACAUGAUAACAUAACUUUUUUUUUAAUUAUUCAGUUAUUUAAUUUAAAAAAUUCUUUACAAGAAAAGGCUACAAAAGAGAAUAGUUUUUUUUUUAAUUUUUAAAUUUUGAUGUUUUCGGCUUACAAAUUGUCACAUAUUUUAAAUAGGCUUAUAGUAAAAAAUGAUUGAUUCUUUAAGUAAUAUAAAAAUAUAAGGUGUUAAGUUUUCA